AUGUCAGCUGUCAAUGACACCAACUACAACCCUGCAGUGUUCCUGCUCACCGGGAUACCUGGGCUGGAAGAUGUCCAUCUCUGGAUCUCUAUCGUCUUCUGUUUAGUGUAUGUUUUUUCCAUAGUAGGAAAUUCAGUCAUUCUGUUCAUUAUAAAAAGAGAUCCAAGCCUCCAUGAGCCCAUGUACAUUUGCCUUUCCAUGUUGGCCGUCACAGACCUUGGCUUAUCGAUAGCCACCAUGCCGACAAUACUGAGUGUAUACUUGUUUAACUCUAGGGAAAUCAGCCUCAAUGCCUGUUUUGCCCAGCUGUUCUUCAUCCACUUGCUUAUAUGCUCUGAAUCCUCUGUGCUCUUGUUGAUGGCCUUUGACCGCUUCAUCGCGAUCUGUAACCCACUGAGAUAUGCUUCCAUCUUAACCCUGCCAAGAAUAAGCAAGAUGGGACUGGUGUGUGUGCUAAGAGCAGUGGCUGUAAUACUCCCAAUCCCUUUUCUCCUUCAGCGGUUCCGAUACUGUCAGUCUAAUAUCCUCUCCCAUUCGUACUGCAUAAACCAGGAGGUCAUGAAGUUGGCUUGUUCGGAUAUCAGAGUGAAUAGCAUCUAUGGCUUGUUUAUUACAGUUCUAACAGUGGGGUUGGACUCGCUGCUCAUCUUUCUCUCUUAUGUGAUGAUCCUCAAAACAGUGCUGAGCAUCACGUCCUAUGCGGACUGUCUUAGGGUCCUGAACACCUGUGUCUCUCAUCUCUGUGCCGUCCUGCUCUUCUAUAUGCCAAUCACUGGCCUGUCUGUGAUACACAGAUUAGGGGAGGGCUCUUCUCCCUUGUUUCAAACUGUUCUAAGUUAUAUCUACCUGCUCGUCCCGCCCCUGAUGAACCCAGUUGUGUACAGCGUGAAAAGCAAACAUCUUCGUGCGAGGAUAAUCAGGGCAUUCAUCAAGUGA